AGCUCGCCGCUUCAGUCCGUGCGCUAGAGAACAGGCGGUAGCAACUCGAGGAAGGCAGCGGUUUGCCCCCCUCCCCUCCCUGUUUUAGUGCAGCGUACUGACCGACGGCUCCGAAGUGAAGAAACAUGAAAGCAAUAAGCCCCGUGAGGUCCUUCAGGAAAAACAGCGCCGGUUUGUCUGAGCACGGUCUCGGGAUCUCCCGAAGCAAGACCCCGGUGGAUGAUCCUUUGAGUCUGCUGUACAACAUGAACGACUGCUACUCCAAACUGAAGGAACUCGUCCCCAGCAUCCCGCAGAACAAGAAGGUGAGCAAGAUGGAAAUCCUGCAGCAUGUCAUUGAUUACAUCCUGGACCUACAGAUCGCCCUGGACUCUCAUUCCGCUAUAAGCAGCCUCCAUCAUCAGCGACCGGGGCAAGCGACAUCCAGGACUCCCUUAACCACCCUCAACACGGACAUCGGCAUUCUCUCCUUACAGUCGGCCGAGUUUCCAACAGAAUUAAUGACAGAUGACAGCAAGACGCUCUUUCGCUAAACUGGUGUUUGGUUUUGACACAAAAAUAAAUGGGACCCGGGAACAGAUUUUUCUCCCUCCCCACACACGUCCUCCCCAGUUUGGAUUCUUUUUAUGAAAUCGAGAAAGACUGUUUUGUUUUUGUUUGGUUUUUUUUUAAAAAAAAGGACGAUGUAUGUGAUGUGUUAUCUCUUCGGACAUUCAUAUUUAUCGAAAGACUUUUUUUUUUUGGUCCUUUCUUCAAACGGAAGGCUCGUUAUAAUAUUCCCAACAGUGGGAGCCGGAAGAAAUAAGAAUAUAAUCGCCUAUCACCCGUAACAAGUCUUUGCCUUUUUUUGCAAAGGUGGAGCGUGACUAGAAGACAACUUGGGUUAGUUGCUUUAUAAAGUUUAGUCUGUCUUGUCAGAAGUGUUACUUUUUUGGCACGUGAAGAGGACUGGACGUUGUAAAAAAAAAAGUGUGAGUGAAAUCUUGUGCACUCUGAUUGGAGUUUAACUUGUAUAGUUGCAGAGAUUGUACAUUUCUGCAGACAAUGUAAUGCUGUACUUAAUUAUGCUGAAACUUUUUAUAAAAGUAAUAUUGUAAAUUGUACCUUUUAUACAAAAUAAAUCAAAUGCUUUAUUUGAACGUC